AUGACGGAUGACGGCGGAGAUACCGAGGCGCAUCGGGGGGCCGGAAGCCAGAGAAGGAGCGGCCUCUACUCUGAUGCUACUUCGCGUCCAGGGACCGCGAGGACGGGCGUGUCUCAGAGGAGCCCUUGGGCUCAAGGGCCGGCUCUGCGCCGUGGGUUGUCGGGCAAGAGGGGAAGCGUCACUGGCAGCGUCGGCAGCUCGUCAGCGGGGGCUCGGCCGACAAGCUCGAUGAGCAGAAGCCAUGUCCCAACCCUCACAUCACACGCCUUCUUUCGACCCAUGAGCUCGCAGAAGCUGCAAGCGCAGCGAGGAAUCACAAGGCCGACGACGAUGAGCCGGCAGACGGGGGCGCAGGACGAAUCGGACGAGACCAACCGCGGCAGUGUCGUCUCGAAUCCCAAUCCCCCAGUCGGCGCACAGUCUGCUGAUGAGGUAGACAUGCGGCCGCCGCCUUCCAGGGGCACCGAGUUCACCGAGCAGGAGACGUACGACCGCGUCACGGCUACCACCAGCCCGACCCAGGGCCACAACCCGGCGGCAAGCCUGACCGACAGCGUCCGUCCGCUGCAGAGGAAGCCAGAGGCGGCGGCAAAUCUCACGCUCGAUCUGAGCAAGACCUUCAAAGCCGGCGCCAAUGCCGCAACUCCUGUCCGCACUCCGCGUUCCCUCCGGUCGAGCUUUCUCAUGCCGAGGCUGGAGUCGAGCAGCGGCAAUCGAGAAAUGCAGGGCGGUGAGAAGCUAGAAUCGCUCGCCUCGUCGCCCCAGCUCCCGCCCAGUACUGGCGAUGGGAAGCGGCGGCCUCCCCAGGAAAACCAGAAGUCGGAAAUCGGCCGGAAUUACGAAUAUUUCGAUGGAAACACCGUCUUCUGCCUCGGGGGCAGAUUGCAAAACACCCGACAUCGGCCCGUCAAUAUCGCGACGGGAGGUUUUGUUGUCCUCCCCUCCGUCCUGUUCUUCAUCUUCUCGGCGCCGUGGAUUUGGGACAACAUAUCGCCCGCAAUUCCUAUCACCUUCGCUUAUGCAUUUUUCAUCUGCAUGUCCUCCUUUUUCCAUGCGUCCGUCUCGGAUCCAGGGAUCUUACCUCGGAAUAUGCACCGUUUCCCUCCAGCAGACGAAAACGAAGACCCCCUACGACUUGGGCCUCCGACCACAGAAUGGGCCCUCGUCAAGUCCUCUGACCCGGCAACCGCCGCGAUGGAGGUCCCUACCAAGUACUGCAAAACGUGCAACAUCUGGCGGCCUCCCCGCGCCCACCACUGCCGUCUGUGCGACAACUGUGUUGAGACUCAAGACCACCAUUGUGUCUGGCUCAACAACUGCGUUGGCCGUCGCAAUUACCGCUAUUUCUUCACCUUCAUUUCCACUGCAACGCUGCUGGCGCUCUAUCUCUCUGGCGCUUCGCUCGCACAGAUCCUGGUGUACGCAAACCGUCAGGACAUCUCCGUUGGCGAUGCCAUCAGCCAUUUCCGCGUUCCCUUCGCCAUGGUCCUCUACGGCUUCAUCGGCUUCCUCUACCCUGCCGCGCUGAUGGGGUACCACGUGUUCCUCAUGGCCAGGGGCGAGACGACGCGAGAGUAUCUCAACUCGCACAAGUUCCUCAAGAAGGACCGGUACCGCGCCUUCACCCAGGGCAGCUGGUUCAAGAACUGGUUCGUCGUGCUCUGCCGCCCACGGCCGCCGACGUACUAUCAGUUCAAAGGCGCAUAUACCCACGGCGAUCAGCGCCUAGGGAGCCAUCGCAGGGCUCACCGCGCUGUUGGUCGCGCGGGGGACUCGAAGGAUGGCGUCGAGCUGCAGGACGUGAAGUCGCAGUCGCAGCAGACCCAGACGGGCUUCCAAGGCCCAGUGUCAUUGCGCAACGCCGCAAACUCGGCGACGGCGGGGUCAACCUGA